CGUGCGGCUCAUUUGGGCCUCCGCUCCUCCGCAGCUGAGCGUUCGCUGCUGCAGAGUCUGCCCCCCGAGGAAGUGAUGUGACAGAGCGGGGAGAGAGUGUACGAGCUGCCGAGACCGCGGGGGAGACGAGAGGGUUUACAGCGUGACCUUUGUGCGGAUUUGAUAGUGUUUAUCCGGGGUUGUGUCUGAAAUGUCUCAGGACUGGACAUGGUGCAGCUCAAAGCCUGUCUGCUGCUGCUUCUCCUCCUCACAGAUACACCACUGGUCCUACUUUCUCACAUAUGCAAUGGAUACAUGGACUUGUCUCAGGAGCCUAUGGGACAUUUGAGUUUCAGUCCAGAGCAGGGGACAGACCAAACCAGGUCUCCACUCAUGAUUUGCACUAGGAUUUUGGAGAUUCCUGAGCAUCUUUCAGUACUGCUGAAGUUAGUGUGGCUGGAGACGGGGUCAAACAUGUCCCUGGUGUGCGUUUGGGACAAAGAGAGGACACUGGCUGUAGGGGACACGGUCCUGCUCUCUGGAUGUGACCAAAACAAAGCCACUCUCACUUGGACUGGAGCAGGACAUUCCACACAUGCUUUCCAGCUCUUCUAUUAUGUUCAGGAUGGCAAGAGGAGCUCCACAGAGACCUACUCCAGCCCAGACUCACACCCCACCGACAUCUUCACCUCUUCUUCAGCCACCACCACCGAGCAGGGUCCCCUUUCCGAACGCGCGGAUCCUUCUGGGAAUUUAACCCCCAACCCCGGGCCGACACGACUCACCACCGCCACUCCCUCCGCCUCUGGGAGCACCGUCAGGGAAGCUUCUAUAUUUCCUGGGGAAGAGUGGAACAAUGGACCGGAUACAUCUGGAGCAACGCGGCGCACUGAUAGUCCUGGGACACUGGACUAUUUUAACACACAACAUUCAAUCCAAAGUUCUGAAUUAAAGACAUCACAAAAUAUAAAAUUACAAACUUUUUCAGAGUCAAAUGAAGCGGCAAGUAACAGCGAAAUGUCUGUAAGCACUGGAUUGUACACAACUAGUCGUACUCUAGGAUAUGAAGAAAAUAAAAGUUUAUCUAUGUCGUCUAUUGUGUCUGAGUUGGACACAGAGUCAACCGUGUUAUCACAAAAUCCACAAAAUAAAAUUCAGGAUUUGACCGAAAAUUGGCAAAGUACCGAUACACUGGCCAGCAAAAGCCUGAGAACAGUUUCUAAAGAGCUCAUCGAAGGUAGCAGCACCCAUUUUGAACACUCCUCGAGCACGAGUAGUUUACUGGAAAAACUUUUAACGACUGAGUCAACUGAGAUGUCGCAUAUUACAACAAAAAGCGUUGUGGAAUUUCAAGACGAACAAGAAUCGGGUUUGAAUACGUUUGUGACGUUUAAGCUUUUGCCCUCCACGCAGGACAGCACUGAAAACGCUCAAAGACUCGAAAUGACAUCUCGAGAAACGUCAUUCACUAGCCUUGUGCCAGAUUUGGACACAGAAAAGGACACUGCGCUGACGUCUUUGACUAGUCCGACUGCCGGUUCAGAAUUUGAAGAAAGCAGCAAAGACGAGGGAAAGACUACUGGAAGAAAUGACCCGUUCACAACAAAUUCAUAUUUUGGUGGCACCACAGCGAGCCUUGAACUUAAACUUAUUUCUACUGCUCCAACAUCAACUCUGUCACCAGGAACUUUAGUUAAUCAACAAAGCAAUUCCGUGCGUUCCAACAGCACGUCAGCUACAGGCGUGUCAACUCCGUCUCCUAAUACAAUUUCUGUGCAACAAACAUUCAAAAGCACUGUGGUAGACGAUGAAAUCUUACCAAAAACGGAAUCUUCUAGCUAUACAACAACCCUAAGGAGUAUAGCGUCCACGGUGUUACAAGAGAAGCAAAACCCUCAUCAGUUAUCAAUAAGUACCAGUAGCUAUCAGAUUCCAGCUACAUCAACGCAACCGAGCAAGAAAGAAGAAAAGAAAAGAGCUUCAACAACAUUGUCGCGAUAUAUGACCUCCUGGACUCCUGAACCCGUCAACCGAGUCACCGCUGUCACACAGACAUAUUUGAGUUCUGCGGCUGUUGUAAGUUCCACAGUCCAGCAUAAACCCAAGUUCUACAUCGUCCCGGAUGAGCCAGCGAUCAUAAAAGUGGAGUCCAUUGAGUUGCUGCUGCAGAUCACAGUGGAAGAACCUCACCCCACAGUGACUGAAGGUUUGGAGGAGGACACAGCUCAAUGGUUGGAGCCGUAUCUCCAGAGGGCCCCAGGUUUCCGGGAGCUGCUUGAAGUGUGGAGCAGCGGUCCGGCCGUGCAGUGCCUGCUCGAGUUCGACACCAGGGGAGCUCUGCAGUGGCUGCCCCAAACAGGAGCCUCCUCUCUGCUGGACCGAACCGGGCUGAGGCGGGCUGCGCAGGACGGCCGGAGCUUCAGGUCUGCCAGAAUCACCAACAUCACGCUCGGAGGUGUACAGGAGGUGUGUGGCUGGCUGCUGCAGUGCCCCUCAGGAUUCACAUGCGUGUUUGAUUCUCUCACCUCCAACUUCAGCUGUACGUCUGUGUGUCACUCCGACUACUGCCAGCACCACGGCCUGUGCACACACCACCCGGGCCAGCCCCCACUGUGCCGGUGCGUGGCGGGGCAGGACUUCUGGUUCAUGGGGCAGAGGUGUGAGGUGAAGAUGACCCAAGCCCGCCUGGCCCUGUCGUGCCUGGGCGUGCUGCUGCUGCUGCUGGGGCUGGUGGCUGUGCUGGUGGGGAUGGUUGUGAGGAGGUACAGAGCUCUCCUCAUCCAGGCCAAAGUGGACCAGACCAGAAGCAGUUACCGCAGGUUCAACCACUUCGACGAGCUGUCCGGGCGCUUCUGGCUGCGCUCGUGGGCGGGGUCAGCGGACUCCCUGGAUAACCCCGCCUUCACCCGCUCCACAGAGAUCCUCCACCUGCGGGCGCUGGAGAGGCCCUGCUGUUACCAUGACGACAGCCUGUCCCUGCCCUCCACCUGCCCCAGCCCGGGCACCCACAUCCGCACCAUCUACCCACACAGUUCUCAGUACGCCUGGAGGGGCAGUGACCUGAGCCUGGCUGACGGUGUGGUGGACUCGGGGAAGGCCAGCGACCUGUCCGUGUGCAGCUGGCCCGUGGAGCCCAUCCAGUGGAGCCCCUUCCCCCUGCUGCAGCAGCUCUCCAGGCAGCAGGCCUCAGUGGUGAGAGUGUCGCGGCCACGUUCCUACUGCGACGGCAUGGAGCUGGUGGACAUCAACAAAAGCUGGACGGCGUAACCUGUGCUCGUCCUCUGUUCUUCCUCUUUUCCUCCUCUGCUCUUCCUCCUCUGUUUCUCCUCUGCUCCUUCACUGCUCCUCCUCUGUUCCUCCUCUGCACCUCCUCUGCUCCUCCUCUGUACCUCCUCUGCUCUUCCUCUGCUCCUCCUCUGUUCCUCCUCUGCUCCUCCUCCUCUACUUCUCUGCUUCUCCUCUGCUCCUCCUCCUUUGCUUCUCUGUUUCUCCUCUGCUCUUCCUCCUCUACUUCUUUGCUCCUCCUCCUCUGUUCCUCCUCUGUUCUUCCUCCUCUGCUCCUCACCUGCUCUACUUCCUCUGUUCCUCCUCUGUUCCCCCUCCUCUUCUUCUCUUCUCCUCG